AUGCACGGGGCCCCUUUGAGGUUGCACCAGGUUGCACGGUCUCUGUCACGCGCACCUCCUACCGAGAGCGAAGCCGACCCAGGAGAGAGGCAUUGCCAAAAAAAGGGACAACAGGAUACAGCUCCGACCUUCUGCAAACUGCGAAGGCCCCAUCCAAUGGCGCAGACGGACCGUGAGGCACUGGGUGCCUUCUACAACGCAACCGGUGGGCCUAACUGGGAGCACAACAAUAACUGGAACGCGGAUGCCGACCCCUCGGAAUGGCUAGGAAUCGAAACCAACGACCAGGGCCGUGUUGUGCGUCUAUCUCUGGGCUCCAACAACCUGCAAGGUAUUUCACGGUUUAGUCUAUGA